AUGCGCAAGAAGUACCAACGAAUUAGUGUCUCCUCAGGAGAGGAAAAUAUUGACGAGUCAUUCGCCUUUCUUAUGGAUAUCUUGAAACGACCUAGCUUGGGUAAUUAUGUGCGCCACGUUGAAUGCUGCAAAUCAAUAUAUGAGUAUGGGCAUAUCGACUACAAGGAAGUCAAGUCUCAACGAGACUUGAGCAACGAGGAGAUGAAUCUUGUGCGAAAUGCCGUCAGGAAGGGUGGUUUCAAAGGUACCCAAGAGGAUAGAGUGGUCAAUAUGCUUAUGCAGAGGAUGGAAAAAACGGCAGCGCUUGCCUAUCGAUAUCGUGAGAGUAUCGGUACAUUCAUCGCCCAAGCCUUGACUGCUAUUCUGAUUGUGGUAUCACCGAACCUUGUGUCGAUGGCCAUGACACCUCCCUGUCGCCUGAGUUCUAAACGCGUAAUCGACUUCCCGCUUGCAGAGCUUCUUCAUCAAGCCAAUGCCAGUCCCGAAAGUAUGCCAUAUCUUCGCAACCUCCGCAAUGUUUAUCUCAUUAACAAAAAUGAUGAUUCUGAGAGUCGCUUCUAUCUCCCAAUGGAGUUUUCUGGCUGCUUAAGGCUAUUUGACAAUCUCCUGUCAAUUGAAUCCGUCCGCGUUGAUAUAAUGGAGGAGGAUGGCAACGAAAAGCUUGCAUUCAAAGAAAAAUGUUCCAAUAUCACCAAGAUAUCCAUCCAUCAUUCUUCACUUGGUUCUCUCUACCUCACGAAUCUGAUAUGGUCGUGUAGAGUCCUCAGGGAGUUCCAGUAUUCUACCGGAGGUAGAGCAAGUAUUGAAGGAGGGUCUCCUAUGUUCAAUCCCAAAGCAUUCAUUAAAGUCCUUUGCGCGCAUAAGAAAACAUUGGAAAUCCUUGAUGUCAAUACAGGCGAUGGAGUUUAUGCAUUCGAUAUCGUUGACGAGGAAGAGAGAGACCACCGAUUCAAUCACCAUGGGGGGCCAUUUGAAUACCACAUCAGCGACGAAACCUGCACAUUCUACAAAUUGAUAUGGACAUACGGCGGGUCACUGAAAGAAUUUGUGGCCUUGAAACGGUUGAGCUUGGAUAUAAACGUUAUGUUAUACUUUGCCGCUGGUGUUAGUGGAGAACCCUACAAGAAGGGGACAAAGUUGGAUUUGGUAGACUGUCUGCCAGUUGGGCUAGAGUAUUUAUGUGUUCGGGGAUACCAGAAGGGCGAGAACGAGGAGCACGAUAAGCAGAUGGAUGCUUUAAUGGUCUUCUACAAGUCCGGGUCGUCCCAACUGACAGAGGUGAAGGGAAUCGAUGAAUUGAUUCCUAAUGCUGAGGUGGUUCAGGAUCCAGAUGAAGACGAUCAUUUGUUGUGGUCAUUGGAGGAGAUGGGAUAUGAGAGUGAUUAG